GAGGCAAGUCAUCAGUUUCUCCAUAAGUAUCCUUCAUUCCUGUCAAUAUAUUAUAUAUGUGUCUGAUUGUUCUAAACACUGUCGUAUUCAACUAGUAUUGCUGGUCGUUUUAGAAAAUGGUUACCGAGACAAAAACGGUAUCGAAGAACGAGGACAGCUUAAUGAUAAAUAUGCGAUUAAUGAAAAAAACUGGAUUCUAUCAAUUAUUGGAUUCGCGCAGUCUAAAAGUGUUUGGCCACAACGUAUUCAAAUGCAUGUCCGUGGUUCAAAUGUCGGUCCUUUUGUCGGUGGCUGUUAUAUUUGUUGCAAACAUAUAUUAUUUUUCGGACGACAUCAAUACAGUAAUGAUGUAUUCGAUUUUAAUUACAUCCGAUGCGCUCUCGAUGUUAAAACUCUAUUACAUACUACAACAUUCAGAUACGAUAUGGAACUGCACACAUAUGACGUCUAUCGACGACUUGUGUUACAGGUAUCACGAUAGGCGUAUACUCGAAGAGGGCCGAUCGAAGUCUACAUCGUAUUCGAUACUGAUUAUGUUUAUGUGGUUGAAUCUCGUGGUAUCUUGGUCAUUGGGUCCGCUGUUUGCAACAAAUUAUUUUUUAAUCGCAGAACACAAAGACGUGAUUUACCGUUACCGUUUCAACAUACUGAAUUUCGUAUUCCCGGCAACCGAUCGAUUCUACAACGACAAUUUCAUGAUUUAUUACGGGAUAGAAUUUAUCACGCUAGUGCUAUGGUGCCAAUGCACAAUGAAUUUCGAUGUAUUAAUGCUGUCGAUGAAUAUUACGUUCAAGUAUCAGUUGAAAACUAUUGCGAAUUCUUUCAGUGCAUUCAAUUUCACACGAUAUAAUGACUUUAAGAAUAAUCGUACAAAAAAUGUUAAACAUCACAAAGAAUCAGAAUCGAUGUUUGAUUUCAAGAGUUUGAUUUACGACCAACAGCGUGUUAUUGAAAACAUGAGAGACAUUUACCAAGUAUUUCGACCUGUGGUACUUACUCAACUAGCUUCCGAGUCUUUAAUAAUAAUGCUACUGUCCUGUAUCAUAAUGCUGAACUACUUUAAUGGUAUUUCAUUGUUAUCUGCGUUGAACUUGAGAAUAUUUGCAGCGAUAUCGACGUUUUUAUUUCACAUAUAUGUUAUCUGCUACUUAUUCGACAACGUCAACGAACAAAAAGAUUCGAUGAAUCUUGCUUUGUACAGCAGUGAUUGGACGACAAGCGAUCUACAACAUAAAAUUCUACUACUUCAGGCCAUGCGGAUGAAUAACGCCGAAAAUCUGAGACUACAAGUGACGAGAAAUGAAAUAGUAAAUUUUCAAAUGUUUACAUAUAUCAUGCGGACAACGUAUUCGAUAUUAUCGGUGUUGGAAAAAAUGUGUGCAAACGAGACGUAAACUAUAAUAUUAUGAUGAAACUCGUAGUGGGCGUUGAAUUCGAACGUUUAAAAACAAUAGAAAAUAUUAUAUUGUUAUAAUAAUAAUAUAGUCUAUAGAAUUCAGAAUGAACACAUAAAAUAGAAUUAGAUUGAAUGUAUAAAUCCUGUUUACCGUUUGACAUUUUGAAUGUGUAAUUCGUAUUUUUUCAAUCAAAAUAAUGCCAAUUACGAGCACAGCUGGGUUUCAAUGAUAAUUGUUUGUGUAUUUCAUUUACGAUAAUAUAUUAAUAUUGUUGUUGAUGAUUGCAAUAAAGCUAUU